GAAAAUGAAUUGAAAAUCAAGAAUAGGGGGAAAGGGGGCAGAACCUCCAAAUUAGGGUUCAUAUCACGACCGAUAGGAAAAAAGCAAACGUAAACCCUAACCCCAGAAGACCAGAGAUUCAACACGCGAAAUCCAUCUCGAUUUGCGUUUCACAGACGCAGACAAGAAAUCGACAGGAACAUAAGGGGGAAAUCUAGAGAUUAGAGGCUCAAUCAACUGUUUGUUGGUGAUCUUCAUCCAUCGUCAACACCCUUUUGUUUGUUCUUUUCAUUUCCAAGAAUUUGAUCGGUCAUGCGAGGCGGCAAAGGAGGAGCUGCGGCGUCUAAGGCGGCACUUCCGGUGACCGUCGGAUCGGGAUCGGGAACAGAAAUUAGGUUUAGAGGGGUGAGAAAGAGACCAUGGGGUCGAUUCGUUGCAGAAAUUAGAGAUCCAUUGAAGAAGGCCAGGGUUUGGCUUGGUACCUUCGAUUCGGCGGAGGAUGCUGCUCGUGCUUACGACGCCGCAGCUCGGACCCUCCGUGGAGCUAAAGCGAAGACGAAUUUCCCCUUAACGAUUGCGUCAACGGCGCAACAUCAACAAAACCUUAACGAUCGCCAUCCUUUCUUUGACUCUCCGGAGCACGAAAUUAUCGUACCUCAGAGGCCGACUUGUAGCGGUAUGAGUAGCACCGUGGAGUCUUUCAGUGGCCCAAGACCGCUGACGACGGCGGAUGUUGUAUUACCUCGUGUACAUCACCCUCAGAAGCAACCAGCGGCCACCGAUAGUUGUUGCGAUUACUGCGAUUCUUCUUCAUCUGUUGUGGUUGAUGAAGAAGAUGCUGGGGAUAUUGCUUCUUCUUCGUUUCAGAAAACCAUGCUGCCCUUCGAUUUAAACAUGCCACCUCCGGUUGAUGACGUCCCCUUUGAUUCUCCCAUAGGCGAUGACCUUCACUGCACAGAGCUUCGUCUUUGAGGAUGAACAUCUAUUUGAUGUCUCAAUUUUUUUAUAUUUUUCUGCAGAAAAAUGUCUUCUCUUACAUUUGACAUGGUUAAGCCUUCAUUAAGAUAUAUAAGUGAGCCUUAUCUGAUGAAUGAAUAUGAUGUUGUGAGCAAGCUGUUCUUGAUUUCUUAAGUAAGCUUAUAAAAUCUGAUAACUCUCUUGAUGUCAAA